AUGAAGCCAGGCUCAUCCAUCCGCCAACGUCACGUAAUGAGCAAAAAAAGGGAGAAGUGCAAGAAACCCCAAUCCAUCCAGGGUGAAGAUGACUACCAAGAAUGGGAACUCGAUGAAGCUCAAGACGAACUCGUCGAGGGCUCUGAACCCCAGCACAAAUUCAAGGGUGGAGCGACCAAUCCGGACAAACUCAUUGCUGCUUUUCUUGCUUGGCAUCCUUUCAGUAUAGUUCUCACCCAAGGCACAUCAUCCCCAUCAUAUAAUGGUGUCACCAGCGCAUCUCAGGGAUCAGGAGUAUACAAAGUCGAAUUCCCCGUCGUUAUUCCCCAGCGCAGGCCCCAGAGCAAAAAGCGCGGCUUCAUUCGCUCCUAUGCACCUGAUCUCGCGAAUAUGGGGAUCGAUCAAGCUACCUGGUUGGAUUUCAUCGAGACAUUCAACGAAGCAAGCCUGGCAAAUCCAUGGAUAAACGCGCUCAAUCUAGCGUCCAUCGCGACCUGUGCGUUGCCGAGUGCGAUUGGGUUUGCGGUUUCGUUGGCUAUCAUGGUUGCGACUAAUAUUGCGAUGGAGACGCAGGCUCGAUAUCGCACUCGACAAACUCAACAACGAAUUCUUCCGCCCUCGGGGCUGUACUGUCUCGUAAUGAGAUGGGACUCCAGCGCAACAAACCGCCGCACCACAAACGUCGAUCUGAACGCUGUCAUACAAAAAGCCGAAAACACCCAGGGGAAAAUGUCACACAAAUUUAAAUCCUCAAGUGGUACAACAAGUGAAUUUGAGUUUAUGCAGACUGCUGAACUCGUGUUUCCGGGAUUGGAUUAUCUCGCUGCUGUACCCAAGGAGGAGUCGCGGGGACUGAAGUAUAAGAUAAAGCGCGGGAAGUUGUUUGUUAAUGAUUAUAUGGACCGGAAGGCGCAAGCUAAAUUUGCCGGCGAGAAUCUAGAUAAUUUCCUCUCCAAGGGUAUCAAUCCAACAUUCGCGUCCAAAUACUCUGACCCCAACCAUCCGAUUCACAGCGGUUCGAUAUACUCGCUCGCCAGUUUGGGGAGGUAUAAUCCACCUAAUUUUAGGGAACCGCGGGUACGACGAGAUUUCGGUCGUCCUGCGACAGGUAAUUCUGUCUCAGGAAGCUUGGCAUCGAGUGCAUUGGAUGCAAGAUUGGGACAUCAUCAAGAUAUUCUUGGCGCACACGGAGGUAGAGCAGAUCUCUUAAGAAGUUCAAGAAGUCCACUUGGCGGUCUGUUUGGGUUGGGCAGCAUGGCAACACAGGCUGUCAGUGAGCGUGGACAGGAAUCGUCAGGUCUACCGAGUCCGGAAUAUGGCUAUCAGCAACAACAUUCUUCUGAUCACAACAUUGGAUAUGACGGAGGACGUCAGAGACCUAUCUCGCGAGCAAGGUCGAAUGAUGGACCGCUUGGUAUUGGACGAUUACUUCAACGGAAAGUACUCUAUCUCAUGGUCGUCAAUAUGCCGACUGAAGAAGAGUUUGCUCAGGCGCGAGAAUUGUCUAGAGAAUGGGACAUACAGGUGUAA